UUUUCAUUUUCCUUAAGUGAGCUUUUUAGUUCUUCGAGUAACAGUAUUAGCUGAUUCUCUGCACACAGAACAGAACAGCGCUUUGUCCCCAGGGAAAGAAGCUAUUUCAGAUUUAACUAAGGAAUCAUCUAACAUGUUUCAACAAUCCCUACUGUUUCUCUGUUUGUUUUAAAGAUAUCACUGUGAUUUUGUUUCAUUUGCAACUGGAGACUAAAUGACACCAAGCAGAAUCUGCUGUUAGGUUAGAUUACAAGGAUACUUGGAGACACACAAAACCAUGCAGGCUACAUCAUUAAUCUAUUAUUUCCUGCUUGUGUCUCUGUGCAUUGAUAUUUCUCAAAAUGAAACUAGUGCACUUCUCAGGAGGCAAAGGAGAAGAAUGCGCUACAGAGGAUUGCGGAGGAGCUCCUCAGCAGGGCACAGGGCCCCAAGACAGCCACGGAUGAAGCUUCCAGCUCCUGUUGCUGUAGUACCCAGCAUACCUCUUAUUAAUAUUGAUGACGGUGUUAUGGGAGUAUUUGACUCUCUCAUAGGCUUGGGUGGACAUGAAUCUAGUUACAGUGUUUUACCAGGAAAGAAGGGGCACUGCAUAGCUAAUGGGAUGAUUAUGUAUGAUAAAGCCGUCUGGUCUCCCAAGCCCUGCAUUACUUGUCUCUGUUCGAAAGGAGAAGUGAUAUGUGAUACAACCAUGUGCCACGCUCUGAAAUGUCCCCAAACGAUUAUACCUGCAGGAGAAUGCUGCCCGGUUUGUUCUGAUACUGCCUCCUCUUUGGAUUCAAGUAUUAUUUCACUGGAUGACAUAAGUGAGUUGUCUGGUGAUUCUCCAGAACCCAAUGACCUUGACAACACCAAUGUACUGUCAUCAGCACGUACUCAAACUGAGAACGAUGAACUGCUUAGAACAAAAGUGGUAGAGUUUAAAGAGAAAAAGGGUCGUAAAAAGGAUGAAAAGAAAAGAAAAAGGAAAGGCAAAAAGAAUCAACAGGCGUAUAAAGCCUACCACAGAGGAGAGAAGCCUGUAACAAGAAAGGGAGCUGCAGAAGAAGAAAUACAAUAUGAAAGUGAUGAAGAUGAUGGUACUUUCAGAAUGCCAUCUCAUGUCCCAAUUCCUGUUCCACCCAUAGAAGCUCCUCCUUUGCCAUCUGGAUGUUCCACCUCAGACACCACAGUAAGCUGUAUUAACACCAAACUUACACAAAUACCCCCAAUCUCAGAUCCAGAUCUAACAAGUCUAGACCUUACAGGAAACAGUAUCACUACUAUCUCAGAUGAAUCAUUCAAUGGGAUACCUAAUUUGGAAUGGAUUGAUCUGAGUAAAAAUAACAUUACUUCUCCUGGCAUAGGUCCACAAGCAUUCAAAAUCCUGAAAAAGCUAAAACGUUUGUAUUUGGAUGGAAAUAUGCUGGUGCAUAUUCCCUCUGAAUUGCCAUCUACUUUGGAAGAAAUAAAAAUAAAUGACAACCACCUUCAUGCCAUUGAUGAAGACAGCUUACAAGGUUUAAAGAACUUGGUCACCCUGGAAUUAGAAGGAAAUAAACUUAGUGAAGCAAAUGUCAGUCCUUUGGCCUUUUAUCCUUUGAAAAGUCUAUCUUACUUGCGACUGGGAAGAAAUAAAUUUAGAAUUAUCCCACAAGGUCUUCCCGCCACUCUUGAGGAGUUAUACCUUGAAAAUAAUCUAAUUGAAGAAGUAUCAGAAAUUUGCUUUAACCAUACAAGAAACAUAAAUGUCAUUAUGCUAAAGCAUAAUAAAUUAGAAGAGCACAGAAUAGCACCUUUGGCUUGGAUAAACCAAGAGAACUUGGAAUCAAUUGAUCUCUCUUAUAAUAAGUUAUAUCACGUUCCCUCCUAUUUGCCAAAAUCUUUACUACAUCUGAUACUUAUAGGAAAUCAGAUUGAAAGAAUUCCAGGAUAUGUAUUUGGUCACAUGAAGCCAGGGCUGGAGUAUCUCUACCUGUCCUUUAACAAACUUACUGAUGAUGGAAUAGAUCCAGUAUCAUUUUUUGGAGCAUAUCACUCUCUGAGAGAGUUGUUUUUGGAUCACAAUGAAUUAAAGUCUGUACCAUUUGGAAUAGAUGAAAUGAGAAAACUACGUUUUCUAAGAUUGAACAACAAUAAAAUAAGGACAGUCCCUCCAGAACGCAUCUGCAGGACUCAUACCAGCGAUGACGAUGCUCAUGAGAACAGUGAAGAGGAAGAGAAUGAAGAGUCACGCUUGGAACACGUUCAUCUUGAAAACAACUAUAUCAAUACAAGACAGCUAUCACCACAUGCUUUUUCAUGCAUCAGAUCCUACUGCAGUGUUGUUCUUAAACCACAGAAGAUCUAAUAAACACCCAGCUUUUGCACUGCAACCCCUAUUCUCUAGAAACAGAGCUUUAUUUAUUCUCUGCUACUAACAAGUCUGCUUAUGUCCUAUUUAAACCCUUCUUACUACUAUAAAUAAGAUACAGUAUAUUGUAUACUGAAAUAAGGUAAUAGGGUAUUGCUUAAUAUCAUUUCAUUAUUAAAUGUAAAAAUAGAAGUUCAAGAUUAUGUCAUAAAUUUUUACUUCUAUUGACAUAAAUUCUACUUAAACACAAUUGAUCAAAUGGUGCCCCCAGAUAUAUCCCCACAAGAUCAGAUUUUAGAAAAUAAUAUAACCAAAUCCUCAACUUUCUCCUGUCUUAUUUGAUUAACUGAAUUGAAAGUAUUUUAAAUGGUAGCAUCAGCUUUAAUAAUAAAAAAUAAUAAAAAUAGAAGUCCUUCAGCUACACUACAUUCUAGCAGUAUAAGAAUCAAAUUUAAAACAGACAUGGUACUGGAUUUUCCAGCAAUAAUUUUGCAGUGAUAAAUUAUCUUCCAACUGAAAUUUCACAGGAAAAAAAAAAAAGUGUUAAAUUGUUUGCUUUAGAGAGAUGACCUUGAAAGCUCAUCAGAUUGUGUGUUUGAACACAGGGAGCUAGAGGAGUGAGCAAUUAAUUUCUAUACGGAUGUGGGUUUUUUUUUUCUUUUAAACAAAGUUUAUUUGAAUUAAAAACAAACAAACAAAAAAACCCACAAAACCUCAGAGAAUGUAGGUCCCAUUCAGUUGUACAAUAGUUUGAUAGCUUUUUGCACUGUAUAGGAUCAGGAUCAAGUUGCCCAUUUAGGGGACUAAUUAGACUUUGUCAACCCUACGAAAUAUUCAGUUAGUGAUUAUUUGAAAGCUUCUAGAGUCAUAGAUCACCACUUCAGAGACAAUGUUGAUAAAGGAGUUUCAGUAAAACAUAAAAGUUGGACCAGAUGACCUUUGACAUCCCUUCCAACUUGGCAUUCUAUGAUUAUAUGAUUUGACAUGAAUGUCUGCUUAGGCACACAACAGUAAGUGUUCACAAACAGAUCUCGCUUUCCCUAGAAAGGUGUUCAGUCUCUUGAAGAAAAGCAGCAUUUUUAAUAUUCCACUACAGGUUUUAAUAUUAUAUUAUUUCUCUAAAGUAGCAAAAAAAUGGAUACAAAGUAGUUAAUGUUUUUAUUUUAAAGAACAACUUCAAUAAAAAUUGAAAUUAAUUCUAACAUCUUUCAUAUUACUCAAUUCCUAUAGGCCUUUCUUAUAAGAGUAAGCUGGUGGUAGGAAAUGAUUACAGAUCACUGGCAAGUCAUUAUUCUUCACACAGACUCUGCUUCCUCUGAGAUAUUCUGUGAGGCAUAACAAAAUAUGUACUCUUUUUUUUCUUCAGUACUGUAGCUAUGCUGCCUAACAAUUUCUUCUUCAGAAUGGACCAGAACAAAGGAUGAAAUGGCUUAAAACACAGUUUGACUUUUUUGGAGGCAUAUAAAAGCUGUAAGCAUCUGCACAUUAUAAAACCUUCCAAGGACACCUAUUAACUACUGAACUGUAACUUCAUUGCCCUCACUCUGGAAGUGAAGGCUUCACUGUGCAUUUCCCCCACAUCCCAGUCUACUGCCAACAGACACAUCAGUGUAAGCACACUUCUCACACAACACUUAACAGUGAAGAAUCUCCAAACUUUUUUUUUUUUUUUUUUUUAAGCUUAUUGUGGACAGCAUACAUCUACACAAGUUUCAUUUUUUCUGAAGCUAUACAAUCAUGAUGAAAACAAAAUCACAUUGCUCCAUCUCAAAGUUCUCUCUUAAAUAAACGAUUAUCUGCAAGGCACACUGGUACUUCAUCUGCAGCGAGUCAAAAGAUAAUGUAUUUCUUUUUCAAAAUAAUCCUACAAUGUGUGGAUUUCUGUAGAAAGAUUGCUUUGGAUAUUUUGUUUGGUAAAGUAUGGUUAGAAGUCAUACCUUAAUGAUUGUUAAGUUUGGUAAAGAACAGUGAAAUCGACAGGCUGAUUUUUUACAUGCAAUGUUCUCUUCGGGGUGAUGAUUUUAUUGCUUGUGUACUUUUAACAUUUGAUUCCUUCCUUCCUUUUCACUUUGGCUAAUAUUCCUUUGUCUUUGUCAAACACCAUUAAGUUCCCAAACUACUGUUUUGAGAGACUAAAAGAACUAAAUUAUUAAUACUUUCAGUCUAUUUCUAAAUAACUUCAGACUUACUUUGCAACACUGCUGAGCAGUGCUUUCAGAAGUUUUACUAAGCAUUUUGAAUACAUGGAUUGACCAAGGGAGGGAUUUCCAGGUAAACAAGCUGCUGUAUUACACCAUUUUAUGCAUUCUUAUAAUAAAUGUAAGCAAAACACCA